UCUUGCUUGAUAGAUGGAUCAUCAUCCACCAUACCGAACGUAUGUUGUCCUCGGCACAUUUGCGUUCCGCGCCAGGAGUCCUGUGGAGUCCUGAUUGCUUGUGCCUGGACUUGAACGAUGGUGCCUUCGCGCGAUGCGCACAGAGGACAAGCAGCCCCACUUUCUUACCCUGGGACCGGCAAGUUGGAUGUGGCCAGAGCAGGCGUUGAUCCUAGGAGUCGGCGGCCGACGACUUUCCAGAAGGUGCGUGGACCGCGGAGUGAUCGGUAUGAUACCGCGGCUAGUGCAGCGGAGCGAUGGCCAGCCACUGGCGAGGAAACGCGCCGGGAUGCAACCCCCUCAUCCAUUUAAUGCAUAGAGAAUCUUACGGGCAAAAGGAAUCCAACAAGCAUGACCCCGGUCGCGACAUUCCCGCAGCCGUCUGCCAGUUAUCAAUCAAGCAUAUCGCAUUGUCCGUAUUGACAUCCGAAGCUACUGCUAGCCACGUUCCACUUGUGAAAUGAGUCUUGGAACCCUGGCGCGGCCGCACCGUCGUAGAGUGUUGUUUUCAAGAACCAACGUCUGGAGCAUGACCCUCCAUGAUGAGGCUGCAAAUCAUCAGACUGCGCCGAGAUUUUCUCGCAUCGCCUUCGAACUGGCGCGACCAGAGGUAGUUGCCCGCUGGGAACUCAUAGGGGCCAAGUGAAGGCAUGCUCCUCAGAACGGGCGGAGUGCCCGUCACAUGGACGAUUUUUUUGUCGACAAUCGCGCAGUGGACAACUUGGGGAGACUGGGUGGCAUCGUCUCCACCAGCACGGAUCAGAACUGCGAAAAUGGCGCGUUGUUCUAGGAGAAGUUCCGUGUCAAAUCAGUUUCAGAAGUUGCAUGUGUCAAGAUUUGUGCAUAUCCGGUCGCGCAGGGUGGGCCAGCGCACUUCCAUGCAAGGUUGGUUCUCAUCGAGUCGCAGCGCCUUGCCUUCCUUAGGCCAGCCCUGAACGUGAGCGGCACCAUGAACAGAAUUCGGCCGUUUGUGCAGUCAUAAUUCGCGUUUCUGCAUACGGCCCAGGAAUGGCUCCUCAUGCGUGUCAGGGGCAAAUCCAGAAGGUUGUUGGGCAGCGCUUGCGAUUCCGAUUUCAUGCCAUUGCCCGCAUCAUUCGCCAACCGAGUGCGCAGCGACAGCGAGUCGGCCGCGACCCGCCCACUGCAUUCGGUCGUGGUCUCUUGCGCGGAUUGCCCGCGUGACUCGCGCAGCCAUGCAAUGCCUCGAAGCACGGGAGGACGGCGCUAGCAUGCACCAUGUGGCCCAGGCCGUAGGAAACCGAACGUUUGAGUUGUCCAAAGUGCGUCUAAAGUUUUCAGCUGUGUUUGAGUUCCGUUUUCGUUCCGAGGCACUGAGGCAAAUUCGUUCUAUCACCAGUGCCAAGUGUGGAGCAGGCAAAGGCGCCGCCAUGGUCCAAGUAAAUUUCGCCCUCCGCGCGGCGCAGUAUCUGUUGGAUAUGCGUGAGAACGCCGGCCUGUUCAUCAGUGCGUCCUUCGAUCACGUCGGAGGACCAUGCAGCCGCUCUGAGUUUUGAUUGUUUCAAUACGCAGUGGCAUCAUUCGAGCAAGUCAAGAUGUCUUCGGGUCCGACUUGACCUCGGCAUUGGUUUUCUCGAUCGCGAUGUGGGCAAAGAUGUCGCGACGCGCUCCGGCACGUUCAUCAGCAUUGGCUGCGAAGGUGGGGCAGUGUUCAGCUUCUUGGGCGGACCGCGGCAUUCCUGAGGUCAUCCGCGCUCUUAUGGCCCGAUGUUCGAAAACGCCAGAUUAUUUUCAAGGCUACGCUGUCAGGCGGGCACUUCGAGGCCCCGCACGUCUUCACGUGGACCCAGCAAAGGGUGAGUUAUGCAUCGCGCGCGCCUUGAGGGUUGCACGCGUUGCGAAAUGUCACGUUCGUUGUGGUGAAGUCCCAGGAGUUG